GCGGCGGGGCGGGACGGGACGGGACGCGGCGGAGCCCGGAGCGGAGAGCGGCCAUGGGGAAGCCGCUGGUGGUGGCUCUUGUCGGGAUAGCGGCAGCCCUGGCGGCGGAGCGGCUGCUGGCCCUUCGGAACAGACUCAAUGCUUCACGGGAAGUAGCCCCAGUAAUGCUCCCGAACUGCCGGCUCAUUAAAGGAAUUGAAGCUGGUUCCGAAGACAUUGACAUACUUCCCAAUGGACUAGCCUUCAUCAGCUCUGGCUUGAAAUAUCCAGGAUUAACGAGCUUUGCUCCAGACAAGCCAGGUGAAAUAUUUCUGAUGGAUUUGAAUGAAGACUAUCCCAGGGCAGUGGAACUGAGAAUCAGCCGAGGGUUUGAUCUGUCGUCAUUUAACCCUCAUGGAAUCAGCACCUAUAUAGACAAAGAUGACACCGUGUACCUCUUUGUUGUGAACCAUCCCCAUCAGAAGAGCACAGUAGAAUUGUUUAAAUUUGUAGAAGAUGACAAUUCUCUUUUACACCUGAAAACCAUUCGACAUGAUCUUCUGACAAGGUAUGGGACCCACGUACUGUCUUUCUCCAGAACAGGCUGCUUUGGUGAAAUCCAGUGUAUGGUGAUUUUUGGUUAUUAUUAUUAUUAUAUUAUAUUAUAUUAUAUUAUAUUAUAUAUAUAUAUUAUAUAUUAUAUUAUAGUUUACUACAGUCCAAAAGAAGUUAAAGAAGUAGCAGCUGGCUUUUAUUCAGCAAAUGGAAUCAACAUUUCACCUGAUAGAAAGUACAUCUAUGUUGCAGAUGUAUUUGAUCAUAAUGUCCAUGUUAUGGAAAAACACACUAACUGGAAUUUAACUCAUGUGAAGACGUUGCAGCUGGACACUCUGGUUGAUAACUUGUCUAUUGAACCUCACACUGGAGACAUCUGGACAGGAUGUCAUCCCAAUGGGAUGAAGCUGUUCUACUAUGAUCCUGAAAAUCCUCCUGCCUCUGAGGUUCUGCGCAUCCAGAACAUCCUGUCAGAGGAGCCUGUGGUGACCCGUGUCUACGCCGACAACGGCUCUGUGCUGCAGGGGAGCUCAGUGGCAUCCAUCUACGAGGGAAAACUGCUCAUUGGCACAGUCUUCCACAGAGCUCUCUACUGUGAGCUAUAGCUCGCCAUGGGUAAGAUCUACCGCAGCGGAAAGGAUUUAAUUCCUUGGGAACUCAGUUUCUGCUAGAUUUGCUAACAACAAGACUGUUCCAAUAAAGGUUAACUGCAGUAAUGGAGAUGUAUUUUAGCCUUCCUCUCCAAAAUGAGACUUCUAUGCAAUAGCAAAGGAAAUGGAACUGAAGGUGAGAAAUUAGUUUCUUUUGUAAUGAGGAGGACCCUAUAUCAGUAACAAAGGGUAACCUUGAAAUUGAGUUUCAGAUUGCAGAUGACUAAACUGUCAGACACAGAACUCA